AUGCUGAAGGAUCGUGAUGCUAUGGGUCCCGUGGCCCGGGCCGCGAGCCCGUGUCCCAGCGGCGGGGAAUCAGCUUCAUGUCCGACAGCUUGUGCCGGAUGCGGCGGAAGAAUAUUAGAUCGUUAUUAUUUGUUAGCGGUUGACAGACAAUGGCAUUCACCUUGCCUCAAGUGCACUGAGUGCAAAUCGCCUUUGGAUACGGAGCUCACAUGUUUUGCAAGAGAUGGAAAUAUUUAUUGCAAAGAAGAUUAUUACAGAUUGUUUGCAAUAAAAAGAUGCAGCCGAUGUCAAACGGGUAUUUCGGCAAGCGAAUUAGUUAUGAGAGCCAAAGACAUGGUUUUUCACAUAAAUUGUUUUACUUGCACGUCAUGCGGCAUACCAUUAUCGAAAGGCGAUCAUUUCGGAAUGAGAAACGGACUGGUUUAUUGUCAUCCGCAUUACGAACAUUUAUGCAGUCACGAUCCAUAUUGCAACGAUUUGGACAACGUUUUCCGGGCCGGAGGUUCACCGGCGGAUUUUUACAAUACCGGAAACGAUAGAAUAUCCGGUGGAGUACAAAAAGGAAGGCCGAGAAAAAGAAAACUUCAAACUCCGAUCGAUUCUUCACCAGGCUCCGAUUUAAACGUUUCUUUAAGAUUAUCGACUGCCACCCUAGAAAUGCUUCAUCCGAACGAAUUAUCAUCUUCGAUGGAUUCUAUAUCCUACGAUGGACCGUUAACGGUUCCAUCACAACAAUCAACAAAAAGAAUGAGAACGUCAUUUAAACAUCAUCAGUUAAGAACAAUGAAAUCAUAUUUUGCCAUAAAUCAAAAUCCCGAUGCGAAAGAUUUGAAACAAUUGGCGCAAAAAACUGGCCUCUCGAAAAGAGUAUUGCAGGUUUGGUUUCAAAAUGCCAGAGCGAAAUGGAGGAGGAAUUUAAUGAGACAGGAAAGCGGUUCGAAUCAACAACAGCAACCGGGUACUCCGGGUUCGAGCACGUCCUUAUCCGUUUCAAGCACCAACAGCAUAGACUGUCCAACGAAUUUAACGUCGUCAUCCGUAUUGAUAAAUGAUAACAACGGAUCCAUAACGCCGCAAAAUAUGGACGACAUUCAUCAUCAUUUACACCAGAGCCAGGGGGGGCAAAACAUUAAUUACGGAGAAAUAUAUUAA